GUCCUGGAUGGCUGGACAUGUUAAGGUCGGGGAAAUGAGCAGUGAAGAGGUCAAUCAGGCUAGCAUAAAGUCUAUAGAUAAAGCCUCAAUCCACAGGAUAUGCUCAGGACAAGUUAUUCUUGAUCUUGCUACCGCCGUAAAAGAGUUGGUUGAGAAUAGCAUAGAUGCUGGUGCGACUAGUAUUGAAGUUCGUUUGAAGGAGUAUGGUUCUGAGUCGGUCGAAGUGAUAGAUAAUGGUUUUGGAAUAUCCCCUCACGACUAUUCCACCUUGGCACUUAAACAUUAUACAUCCAAAAUUGCAGAGUUUGACGACAUUUACCGCGUCAACUCGUUUGGCUUUCGUGGGGAGGCUCUAAGCUCCCUAUGUUCGUUUGCAAAAGUCACCGUGGUGACAUGCACCGAAGAUCAGGUCCCAGUAGGGACCAAGUUGGAGUACGAUUCCCGGGGAAAAUUGGUAGCUUCGGCGCCUCUGGCCAGAGCCAAAGGUACAACGGUGGCUCUUUCCAAUCUCUUUCACUCUCUACCUGUCCGCUUGCAUGAGUUCAAGCGCAAUCUGAAGCGGGAAUAUGCAAAAUGCCUGGAUCUCAUUCAGGCCUACGCAAUCAUUUGCACUGGCAUCCGCAUAUCGUUUAGCAAUCAAAUCGGAAAAGGAGAGCGGAGUCGCAUAUUUACCACGCACGGAAAUAUAACCCUGAGGGAUAAUAUCUCAAACGUUUUUGGCGCAAAAUUGAGAGACCAGCUGGUACCGGUUGAAAUCAAAUUGACUGGCAUGGAAGGGGAUUCGGAAAUACCAACGCUGGUUGUUACGGGUUUCAUAUCACGCCCAGACCCGCACUAUGCACGAAAUAGCACAGAUCGGCAAUACUUCUUCAUAAAUAAAAGGCCCUGCGAUAUGCCCAAAAUCGCAAAAGUCGUCAAUGAAAUUUAUGGGGGCUUUGUUACCCACAAAUACCCCAUUGCAAUUCUGAAUUUGGAACUUGAAGCAGGGCGAUAUGAUGUGAAUAUCACUCCAGAUAAGCGCACUGUGCUUCUUCAGGAUGAGCGACAACUUGUCGAUGCCUUGAAAGAACAGCUCAGAGAGUUCCUCGAGACUUUUCAAGGAACAUAUGCUACUCAACGGCCCGUCGAACCUAGCUUCGAUGGACGAUUGUCAUCGAAGGAGACAUUGUCACAACGGGGCAGCGUAAAAUCGUCACCUGUGAUUACUCCUCGUCACGUCGCUUCAUCCCCCGAGGUUCCUGAAGACAUCUUUCAUGAACCACUCGCAGCGGAUCCGGCUGACAUAGAGUAUACGCCGUCCGACGCAAGCAUUGAGCUGGUUGAAGCGGAGCCGAUUCCGCGUACAGAGAUGAAUGUAGAUAUCUCUGAUGAAGAAGUAGAAAACGCCGGCAGUGCGUGGGGUGCACUACUGAAAGGAAAACGUCGCGCUGAAUCUACCAAGAAAGAUACAGCCGGCCCCAGAGUAAAAAAGUCCCGAAAGCAAGCUGCAGAUGGAACACGGCAUCGGGCAUUCGCUCUUCGUAAAUAUCUAGCCGAUAUCUCUUCCGGCGCGACAAUGGCAUUCGAUCCCGUGCAAAUAACGGCACGCAUGCGACAACGGCAACGGCAACGUGCGGAACUCAGAAAGAGGCAGAUUAGGACAGUCCCUUUAGUUACGGACGAGAAUACUGCUGUGGAAGAAUUAAAUAGGCUGAUCAGAAAAGAAGAUUUCAAGAGAAUGCAAGUCCUUGGUCAGUUCAAUCUGGGAUUCAUCGUUGUGAGGCUAGGAAAUGAUCUGUUUAUCAUCGAUCAACAUGCAAGCGAUGAAAAGUACAACUACGAAAAUCUUAAAAGGACAAUGAAAAUUGAAACGCAAAAGCUACUACAGCCGAUCGCACUCGAUCUCACAGCACAACAAGAAUUGAUAGCUGCUGAGCAUGAGGACAUUCUGCGGAACAACGGUUUCCAAAUCGCUUUUGACCCAGACGCUCCACCUUCACAACGUGUCACACUCUUGGCAUUACCCCAAAGCAAAGGUGUGUCCUUUUCAAUCAAGGAUCUCGAAGAACUUUUGCAUAAACUUGGUGAUGGUGCGGACGAAGACGUGAGAUGUUCACGUUUGAAUACACUCAUGGCAUCGAAGGCGUGUCGGACGGCUGUGAUGAUUGGUACAGCAUUGGAUAUGGGUCAGAUGAAAAAGAUUGUUGUACAAAUGGGUGAAAUGGACCAGCCCUGGAACUGCCCGCAUGGCCGACCCACCAUGAGACAUUUGGCCGACCUCAAAACAAUAUCCUCAGAAUAUUCGCAAAGAGCGGCCUGCUUUGGUGUCGAGGAUUAGGUCCUGGUUAAUCUUGUGUAACGUUCAUUGGCAGCGUAGCCACGUGAUUUUGGGCUCGGUUUUUUGCUUUUAUGGUACCUUCUCUGUAUUUAUUUCAAUGAUUACAAUGAUUGAUUGUACGAGAAGGUAGAGCAGGCCUAUUAUAGUAGUUUGUUUUGUGUAUAGGUUAGAGGAGGGUCGCGGCCGUCGUUCUCGAGCUUAGGAUUCAAAAAAUAGUUUUUUCCAUGGAUUCAUUUAGAGCGGCAUACGCUGAUUACAUCCCUUUUAGUCUUUACUUGUCUUCCGCCUACAUCAUUACGAUGGAGAAGCUGGUAUCAAAAUAAGCAAAUGUUCUACCAAG